CUCGGAUGGCCGGGGGCCGCCAUUUUCCUCCAGCGAGGGAGACAGUCGCGAACGUAGUUCCGCACAUUGUCGACCAAUUUUUUCGUCGAAUCGAGGGAUUUUCGCGAAUAACCGGGGCGUCGGGCGGGCGCGCGUGACCCUAGUGCCCGUAUCCGAGCGAGUAUCGUUCCACGGGAGGCUCGAAGUCACCCGUGGACGCCGCAAGAGCCGUGUGAAUCCGGAUUACAGAGCCGAGGCGCCGCGCGUAUACCCCCCGAUCGAGACACAUCGCAAGAACGCCGUGUGAGAGAGUGAAUAGUUUGGUGAUCGCAGUGUAGCCGGUGAAAAUACACGCGAGUACCCAAGGAGUACUGUGGUCCGAGGAAUACGAGGGGAGAAUCGCCUCCGACAGGAGACGGUGUCCAACAAGUCGUGAUGUAUUGGAGGUUCGGCGGUUCUUACCCAAAAACCGACCAGAAAUCAGUGUUACAGAAGCAAUUUGUGUGACAAAGCAUAAAAGUGGAAAAUUGUAUUUUAAGACAAACAAAGAGGCUUCCUUAUCAGUGGACUAUAGGACUUCCUUGGAAGUAAGCAGACAUUCUUAGUGACACUGAGAGUAAAAGUGAAAAAUAUAAAAAUUGGGGGGGCUGUUUGACCGAUGGACAAACGGAAGAUGAUGCCCAAACGCCCUCGAAUGGAGAACCUGAGGGGUCCUAUCGCGAACGGACCCAUUCAGACACGACCAUUAGUGGCUUUGUUAGAUGGCCGAGACUGCUCGAUCGAAAUGCCUAUUCUUAAAGAUGUUGCAACAGUAGCCUUUUGUGAUGCACAGUCUACAUCAGAAAUUCAUGAAAAGGUACUAAACGAGGCAGUUGGUGCGUUAAUGUGGCACACCAUAAUUUUGACAAAAGAAGAUCUCGAAAAGUUCAAAACGCUGCGGAUCAUUGUAAGAAUUGGAUCUGGGGUGGAUAAUAUAGAUGUCAAAGCAGCAGGGGAACUUGGCAUCGCUGUGUGCAAUGUGCCUGGCUAUGGUGUUGAAGAAGUAGCUGACACGACUCUUUGUCUCAUUCUAAAUUUAUAUCGACGUACGUAUUGGUUGGCAAACAUGGUUCGCGAAGGGAAGAAAUUCACAGGGCCAGAACAGGUCAGGGAGGCUGCAACCGGAUGUGCAAGGAUACGGGGAGACACACUUGGAAUAGUUGGAUUAGGCAGGAUUGGUUCUGCAGUUGCUCUGCGUGCCAAGGCCUUCGGGUUCACUGUCAUCUUCUACGAUCCCUAUCUACCAGACGGAAUUGAGAAGUCCCUUGGUCUCAACAGGGUCUACACAUUACAGGAUCUGCUAUUCCAAUCAGACUGUGUAUCCCUGCAUUGUACCUUAAACGAGCACAAUCACCAUCUAAUUAACGAAUACACCAUCAAACAGAUGAGACCCGGAGCCUUUUUAGUCAAUACAGCAAGAGGAGGCUUGGUUGACGAUGAGGCACUGGCGGCGGCGUUGAAACAAGGCAGAAUUCGUGCGGCAGCACUCGAUGUACACGAAAAUGAGCCAUACAAUGUCUUUCAGGGUCCUUUGAAAGACGCACCCAAUCUAUUGUGUACGCCACAUGCAGCAUUCUACAGCGACGCGAGCUGCACCGAGCUUCGCGAGAUGGCAGCCAGUGAAAUACGACGAGCUAUCGUCGGUCGCAUACCUGAAUGUUUGCGAAACUGUGUGAACAAGGAAUACUUCCUUUCCUCGACCGGCAGCUACCCUGAGGGGAUCAACGGCGGAUACUAUUCCGGGGGGCUGCCCGUUCAACAGGCGCAUUCAACAACUCCUCACGAUUCUGCACCCCCACCUCCUGGUGGGCAUUCCGUCGUCGGCGGCGGUGGUGGUGGGGGUGGUGGCGGACCGAACUCCUCUGCAGGCGGUGCAGGCGCCGGGGGUCCUACGGGCCCCGCGGGUCCAACGGUAGGCGGCGGUGGGGCAGGAGGCCCUACCACGGCUCCUCCUACUGCUGGAUUAACCGGUAUACCACACAGCAUAGUGAGCGAGCCUGACCCCCGGCCGAGCCCACCUGCACCGAGCCCUCGUUGACCUUGAACCCCCCAACGUCCACUCCAGCACCACCCUCCGAUCUAAUUUCCCUUAGCCAUUCACACACGACCUCUGACGACAAAUGGCCGAUUGACUAAACGUGAGUCGAGCACACGAUGAGCCCCAAAAAAAUCUGUCCGCUGCUUCCGAAGGAACUCGAGGGAAUCCAUCCUUGAGAAAGAGUGAAAUGAGAAAACGGGGGGUAGGCGGGAAGAAAGAGAGAGCGAAAGAGAGAAAGGGUGAGAGAGAGAUUGAAGGCAGGGGAGAAGAAUGAGUGUGAGGGAGAGAAAGAGCAGCAUGGUUUUCCUAAGUGGCCGCUAUUCGUUUGUGCAAAGCGCGUAAUCGCCGAGGAAUACGCGCAUUUCUACGUACGUUUAGUGCCGCUGCGCGGAUGUGCGGAUAGUGUCUGUGCGAUUUUUGUGUAUGCGUCGAACGUGCGAAUGCUGGAGCUUGAGUCUAUGUUCGGUAGACUCCUGGAAUAGUGCAUUUGAUGUAAACAUUGUGACCAAACCAAAUACAGUUGGGCAGUAAUGAUGACGGCUUGCACCGAUUGUCGUGGCUAACGGAGGAAAUAACGAACGGUGGGUAACGAUUCUCUCUGUGUCGUAAUUUUGUAUAAAUCACUUCAUAAUUGAUCGCACGACGUGCGAGCAAAAGCGAAAGAAGGAAAUAGUACGAAGAAAAUGGAUUUUCGUUCGAUUUUAUUUUCGUUUCUAUUUCGUUCCUCGUAGUUUCUUAUCGAUGCCCGAGUAAGCUUAUUAACGGAGAUUGGUAAUUAGUUCCUCGAGCCCAUGAUCAGUUCUUCCUGUUAUAAAUAAUACCUGCAGCAUCGAGAAAUACAUUGGCUAGUCAUAGAGUACAAAUCAGCUCAUGGGUGAACAUUGCAAUCAUCGGACACAUAACAUAGUUGAAAAAUAAGUUCUAUCCAUGAUAUUUCUCUUCCAGUUACAUAGGAUUAACCGAGACGUAGGGAAUAGACCGUUCCUUUUCAUUUCACGACAGUUUCAUUUGUAAUUCUCAUUUUUUUAAUAUUUCAUUCUAAUUUCUAUUCUUCUAAUAUUAAAAAAAGAAGGAAAAACCUCCCUGUUC